AAAAAAACUCCUCAUUUAUUUUAUCUCUCUAAAAAAGCUCUUUAUCUCACUAACAAAAUUCACAGUAGAGAGAGAGAGAGAGAGUGAGCUAAAAACUAAAAGGAAAAAAGGACAAUGUCUGCACCAGUGAAGCUGCUUCUCGGCGUAGCCGCCGCCAUCUGCUUUCUCACACUCUGCUCCGCAAGAAUCCCCGGCGUCUACUCCGGCGGCCCCUGGGAAACCGCCCACGCCACCUUCUACGGCGGCAGCGACGCCUCCGGCACCAUGGGCGGCGCGUGCGGGUACGGCAACCUGUACAGCCAGGGCUACGGCGUGAACACGGCAGCGCUGAGCACGGCGCUCUUCAACAACGGGCUGAGCUGCGGCGCGUGCUUCGAGCUCAAGUGCGACGCUGACCAGGCCGGCCGGUGGUGCCUCCCCGGCAACCCGUCCAUCCUCAUCACGGCGACCAACUUCUGCCCGCCCAACUUCGCCCUUCCCAAUGACCACGGCGGGUGGUGCAACCCUCCCCGGCCGCACUUCGACCUCGCCAUGCCCAUGUUCCUCAAGAUCGCCCAGUACGUCGCCGGCAUCGUCCCCGUCAACUACCGCCGGGUGCCUUGCCGGAAAGCGGGAGGUAUCCGGUUCACGAUCAACGGUUUCCGGUACUUCAACCUGCUCCUGAUCACCAACGUCGCCGGCGCAGGGGACAUCGUGCGCGUGAGCAUCAAGGGCACUAAGACCGCGUGGAUUCCGAUGAGCCGCAACUGGGGGCAAAACUGGCAGACCAACGGCGUGCUGGUGGGCCAGUCCCUGUCCUUCCGGGUCACGGCCAGCGACCGCCGGACGUCGACCUCGUGGAACGUGGCGCCCGCUGAUUGGCAGUUCGGGCAGACCUUCUCGGGCAAGAAUUUCCGUGUCUGAAGAGGAAGAUCCGGACCCGGUCGGGAUUUUAUCUUUUUCCUUUAAUUUGGGGGAAAAAAAUUAUAUAUAGACUUUAUUAUCAGAGUAGGAUAAAGUAAUGGCGCGUGGAGUGUCUUUUAAUUUAUUUUUAUUUUCACCACUUUUUUUGCGCGGGUUUAGUUACUUUUUGCUUUGGGAGUAAAAAGGGAAAAGUGAAAGGAGAAAAUUGUGUUCUUGUGUGUGGAUGCUGAGGCGGCUGCAGUAAAAGGGGGAAAAGUGUAGCCCGCAGCUUCUAAU